ACCAGUUUCAUUUUAGUUCAGUCUUGCAGAUUGCAGUUGAGUUGAUGAAGUUGAGUGCGUUGCUUGUCGGUCGUGUAUUGAUUUAAUAUCGUUUUCUAUAGUGUGAUUUGUGGCGUAUAGUGUAAUAAAAUAAAUAAUUAUAUAAAUUGGAGAAAAAGAAUCCGUUUUCUAUCCUUUAGUCCAUGCAACAAGCGAGAAUGUUUCAAGUGGUGGAAACUGUGGAGGGCAACGAUAAGUUUGUGACAGCCGUUCCAAAGAGCUGGGUCAUCAAUGGCUCCAUUUUGCUGUGGCCGUUAAGGAGAAGGGAUAUGUUAAAUGGUCGCAAGAACUGCAUCAACCCAGAGGACGACUGGAACCAAAUUAAAUGCCGCUUGAUCUUUGAUGGAAUUGAUACGUGGGAGCAAGCCAUACAAAAAGAAAAAACAGCGGAAUUGUUGUCCUCUGACGAGAACGAUUUUGAACAGUCCCCACAGUUCUGUGAUUCUGUGAUCAUUUCUGACCUCAACACACUCAUGUCAGAGAUAAUAACAGAUGGCAAACUCCUUGACGGCCCAGUUGAAGCAGUUGAAAGUUUACCACAUGCAAGUGGAAAAUCUUCCCAAAAUACAUUGGCCAUGGAGGCCAAUUUCCAAAGGCUGACCGAAAACCAAAAUCAAAUUAAAGCCUCGCUCGAUUCUCUUCACAAAGAAUCCUCCGCAAUGAAGCAGAUGCUUACCGAAUUUUUUGCAAAAACCGAAGUAACGAUGAAUAUAAUCAUCGAUAAGUUGUGCGUGAAUAUGGAGCGCAAAGAAAAAAUUGAUGUUUUUCCCGAAAAUUUGUUGCCCAUAUCCACGCAAGAAGCGUUGGAGGAAGUGGAGGAGAGGAUUGGGGCCGACCCUUCGUUUAAACGAUUAGUCAUUCGAAAAUUGGGCACAUUCGGUGGAAUGAAUGCCAAUAAAACUAUAAGAACCAUCGCCAAGCUGUUCUUCCACGACAAGCUGUUGUCCGAAUUUUCCUGGCUGGGAACAUCCAACAAAAAGAAGUUUGUUGGAUAUAAAAACGUCUUCGCAGCAGUAGUUGAGGCGGUAAGAGACCGCUACCCAAACUACUCCGACAUCGAUGCUGCUAAUUUCUUUAAAACUUAUUUGAAGCAGGCUCGUUUUCGGAUGAAACUUUUGAAUGAAAAUGAGAGACCAACAAACGUAAAAACAACAACAACAACAACAACAACAGCAACAGCAACAGCAACAGCAGCAGCAGCAGCAACAACAACAACAACAACAACAACACCAUCAACAACAACAGCAUCAAUAGCAAUAGCAACAGCAGGACCAACAACUACACCAACACCAACAACUACACCAACACCAGUAUUUAUGUAAUAUAAUUAUUAUUAAUAUUUAGUUUUUAAUUAAAUUUAAGAUUUCUAGUUUUAAGUUAAGUUAAGAAAAAGUUAUAUUUAAACUAAAAUAUAUAUUUACACAAAAGUAAUUUUGAAACCAUAUUUCUUUUAUUUACAAGGCUAUUUACUUUCAGCUGGAAAACGGUUAUUUAUAAACCAGUUUUGGAACCAAAUACAGGGUUUUUUCCAAACCCAGUAAAAACCCUACUUUAAAAUUAUAUUGGUUAUUAAAAAACCUAAAAUAUAGGUUUCAAGGAAACCAAAAUAAAACGGUUAUUAAAAAGCUGCAAAAUAACGCUCGGAAAAAAACGUUUUAGAAGCGUUAAAUGCGUACCAUAUAAAAACGGUUAGUUUUUAACUCCAAAAAGUAGUUUUAAACUAACUGCUUUUAACCGGCUUUGAAAUAACCACUACAGAACUCAGGUUACAAAGUUACUGCCCAAAUCGGGUAAUGGGAACGUCUCUGGAACGUUUCUGAGACGUCUUUCGAACCGAUUUCAAACUUUUACGGUAAAUAACCUAGGGUUAUAAUCCGGUUUAUAAACCGUUUUUUAA